UUCGGCACCGUUUUACAGUUGUACCGCUAACAUAGCCAGAAUGCACUUUUACGAAGUAUGGUCACUGUGGUGGAGGCCCUCCAAGCGAUCGCUGGACAUCUGGAGUGCAGUGAACGUGGAAGUGGACGGAUUGCUGCAACUGGGCCACGUCGUCGGUCUGGAAGAAGCGACAGAAACUCCGAUACGACUUAUAGUUGAUUUCGGGUGCGCGAUGCAGCAAUCCGUGUCAGUGGAGUAUGGAAAAGUGUUCGACUUCUCCGACUCGUCACCCGAAAUUAAGGCCACGAAAACUAAGCUCUGCAGCGUUCCGGCGGGAGACGAAUAUGAGGAUGUGCAAGUGUUGCUGCGCAAUCAACCGGAUCAACCUUGGAAAUGGCGUCCCGCAAAGCUCCUGGUACUGGAAUUCGAGUAUUUGCAAGAGUACGCUCUGGUAGAGGUCUUGUUGGGAAAACAGCGCGUGCGCGAGCUGAUCCCAGUACAACAGAUACGUGCACCUCCUUCGAGAGAAGACCUCCAGCGACGAAUCGUUCAACCGGGUGACUUCGUCAUCCGGACGUGCAACGUGCCUCAAGGAUACUGGACGACGACUGAGACGGUACGAGAUUUGUUCCGUGAGAAACUGGAAGAGUGGCGCAGAAAAAGGGUCACAUGGAGGAGAAGGUUUACGCAUCCUGUCUGUUCUCAGCCAAACGAUCACUUACCUACAACGCGGUGGUGAAUCCACGGUGUCAGACGAAGACGCUGUUAAUUUGCUGAAAGAAGCUGAACGAUUCGCGGAAUUCCAAAAACCUCGAAAAGUACAGGAUGAGGAAGAGGCCAAACGAAAAAAGCCUCUCUGCAGCAGUGAACUGAGUACAUUAGCGUUGCCGCCGGUGCUUCUAGCGGAGCUUUUCAAAACACUGGACACCGUCGAUCGGCAGCGAUGUCGACGUGUCAGUCAUUUGUGGAAUGAGAUUCUGACUUCGGACGAACUGUGCAAAGAAGUUUUUAUGUCAAUGAAGGACGGACGGUACGGAAAGUUGCCAAGCGACUACGCUUCUUUCGCUUGUGUCUUUAAAUACGUCACACCAGCCACGCGGACCAUCUGCAUUCGGGACGCGGAUGAUAAGUGCGAAUGCGGAUUCGAGCACGAAGACACCACGGUUACGGGCGAAUUAAUCAAGUACAUCAAGAAGGUUUUGAUGGCCUCCAACAUCCGCAUUGACCGGUUAGUAAUGCACACGCGAUCCAUCUCCAUUUCGCAGCACAAUUACUCGGUGUGGGAUUACGUUGCCAGCAACCACAAAGUGUAUUCCAGACUGAUGUCCUGUUGUGACCGGCUUAUUUGGAAGGGUUUCUCGCUGACUUAUAUCACCUCGGUUGACGAUGUUCCUGAAAUGCAGUUUCGCAUUCCGUUGGCGGUUUUUCCACUUGAGCGUUUUGGUGGGGUGAGCAUGCCUGAUAUCUUCGAGAAACAUUUGCAAUGGGAAAUGCCGGCUAAUGUGGAUACGCUGGCGCAGUUGUCGGCAGAACUGACUGAAGAUAAACGCGAGGAUUUCUACUUGGAAGUAAUGGAUAUUCUAGAGAUAUUCCAGAAGGAAGAUCCGCGCUCAUCCGCGCAGUACACGGACCGCGAAUGGGGGCUGGAUAACGUGGACGAACUGGGCGAUCUGGAAGUGCGGAAGUUAAAUAAAAUCUGCCAGUAUAUUCUGUUUAAUCGAGUAAAGAGUUUUUGCGUCGUACCCCCCGCUAACCAGUCACCACGCCGAAGGAAUAGAAGAGGAAACGCCACAAGACACUGAUUGAUUUAGUCAUUUAUCUUUCUAGCGGAAGCACUGAAAAUUAAACAUUAAGCGGAAAGACCAGAGAGAAUUAACCGCAGCCUUAUGCUGGUUUGUUACUCUGCUGCUAUGACAAGUUGACAACUAGUGCGUAAUAUGGGAGUAAGUCAGAUUCUUCAUAGAAUUCUGCUGAAUCAGGAGCGUAAACCGUGCACAAUGACCGGUUUGUUUUAUAACAUAACAUUUAAUGUU